ACAGAUAAAAAAAUAAUUUUUGGCGGUGGAGUAGUGAACUGUUAGGACGUGUUACCGUGACGUCCACGUUCGUCUGAAUCACAUCGUACCCUAAGCACCGACGACGACAAUGCGCCGUUUGCCGGUCAUUUGGCUGCCACUGGCCCUGGCCGUACUUAUCACCAGCAGGUGUGUAAUCGGCAUACCGACCAGGUCGCAGCUGCGACAGAUGAUCAGCACGAUCCUGUACGAGGACGAGCUGUACGAUGAUGUGUUGUCGGAGAGGGUGAUCCUGGACGAAUCCGACAAUUUGCCACCAUGUACCAAAGAAACUGUGAAGAACCUCAGCAACGUUGACCCAUUGCAGUCACUUUUCGCACUUAGCACACCACACCACAAGUACUAUUCGGGCGACAACCAGAAUCUCAGUGCGACCAUCCUCGGCAAGUCGCUCAUGUGCCUGACACACAAGCGCGUGGCCUUCCAUCUGUCGCUGAUUAUUGGGCUGAUUCAAAAUAAAGACAAUCGGGUGAAAUUUCAGAUGCGUGCACGCGUAUUCACGCACACCAUCCCCUUCUACAUUGACAUGUUGGCCGCCAUCUACAAAAAAUAUGACGAUCUGUUGGACGUGUACGACACGUUGCACGGCAUGUUUUCGUCGCCGAGUAUAGCGGAGGACGCCGAGUGCGAGGCUAACAUCGAAAAACUGAAAAAAGAGCUGAUAUUUCUGACCGACAUCAUCAAGUCGUCUUGCGUGGUCAACGAAAUGAAAGAGUACUGCAGCAGCUUCCAGCUGGAAAGUUUAGAAAAUUGCGCGGACAAGAUUAAAGAGGAAAAUAUCGUGUCAGACUUGGAUGUCAACACUUACGUAGCGACGCUAAUGGAAAACGAGAACGACAUAUUGAAUUUGUUUGACGAGAUGGACUUGCUUAGAAGCAUGCACAUGGACGCGUGGAAGGUCUGGUUGAAAACACCGGAUUUACCACCAGUCACCGAAACAGAAGAAUUCAUAAGGACGCCGCUGCCCAAGCGCAGGGACGAAAUCGAAGACAUCAUUGCGGCUAGAGAACUUGCUAUUAAAGAGGAAAAUGCUUUAGCACAAGCUGAGGCUGAAAAAUCGACUGUGAUACCUAUACAAAUAACAUAAUCACCAGAGGGGGGAACGCCACCUGCUGAUUCAUCGGCAGGACCGUCGGAUGCAGCGACACCAAACUAGAACUUUUGGAAUUCUCUCGAGUUCGUUGACGUUAUACACCUACUCAAACUUAUAAAUUGUUGUAAUUUAUCACAUUACGGUUAUUUAAACAUUCUACAGGUAUCAUAUACACAUUAUAAUAAUAUUAUCUUACUUUUAAAUAAAUACAAAUAUCCUAUUAAUUAUAUCAUUAAAUUGUUGUGUAAAUAUCAUUACAUUCAAAUAAUUACUGUUGAGUAAAUGUUAAUAAACCAUUUAGUUAAUAAA